AUGGCAACAAUAACGUUUCUCGAUGAGCGUGUCUUCUAGUUUAGGCCUAGUCCAACCUCUUAAUAAGAGUUCGUGUUCGCUCUGUCACAAACGCAGAUAAGGUCUCGUUUUGGCGGAUCUUCCUGGACCGGGUCUAAAAUGACUUCCGCUCGUCGAACCGACAGCUGGCCCGUGAUUUAAUCGCGUUAGCUAACGUUAGCACGUCGUGCUAAUCUCCUUCCUGACAAUAAUCCAAGUCAACGAUGUUAUUGUUGUUCUGUAAAUUUCCCUGAUAUGUGUAUGUAUAUAUUUAAUUUACUUUAAAGGUAACUGGUUGAUCUCGUACUUGUGCGACCAGAAAACCAAUCCGGAAGAUUUAUUUAUUUUUUAAAUAUAUAUAUAAAAAGGCAUUAAAGAAAGAAGAUGGAGAUCCACCUCAACAGAGUUGACUAUACUCAGGUUGGUGUGACAUCCCAGAAAACCAUGAGGCUUCUUCCAGCAGUGGGUAAAAAGACCACUCAAAAGGUCGCUAUAGCUGAUCAUGAUGGCGUGCUUAUGUGUUUUGGGAUGAAGAAGGGGGAAGCUGUACCUGUGUUUAAAACACUCCCAGGGCCAAAAGUAUCCAGAAUGGACCUCGGAGGUGCUUUGGGAACGCCUCAGGAGAAGAUCUUUGUCUGCUCUGGUUCUCAGGUCCGAGGAUUCACCAAGAAAGGCAAACAGUUCCUCACCUUUGACGCCAACUUGACUGAGAGCAUUAACGCCAUGCACGUCUCAGGCGCCGAUCUUUUUGUGUGUGCAAGUUACAUCUACAACCACUACUGCGACUGCAAGGACCAGGACUACUUCCUGUCUGGAGACAAAAUUAACGACAUCACAUGUUUGUCCUCGGAAAAGUUCUCACGUCUCACGCCAGUCGUGGCUUGCCAAGAUCGAGUUCUUAGAGUCUUGCAGGGAUCUGAACUUGCGUAUGACGUUGAAGUUCCUGGACCUCCAUCUGUGUUGGAGCUCUAUAAUAAAGAUGGAGGGGAUGAAGUCCUUUAUGGAACCACAGAUGGAAAAGUUGGGUUAGUUCAGAUCGGUGAGCGCUCAGCUGUGACGAAAUGGGAGAUCGACAAUGACAAGAAGAAAGGAGGGAUUCUUUGUGUUGACACGUACGACAUUAUAGGAGAUGGAGUGAGUGACAUCUUGGUUGGCAGAGAUGAUGGAACGGUUGAGGUCUUUGGUUUUGAUAGCUCCAACGAGCCUACAUUACGCUUUGAGCAUGUCUUGUCAGAGAGUGUGACCUCCAUCCAGGGUGGCUGCGUGGGAAAAGAGUCUUAUGAUGAGAUUUUGACUGCCACAUAUACAGGAUGGGUCACUGGUUUGACCACCGAGCCCCAGAAGGCUGAGGCUGGUCCAGGCGACGAGGUCAGGAUGAGCAAAGAGACCCAGUCUAAAAUAGAAUCGCUCAGAGCGGAGCUGGAGCAGCUGCAGGUUAAAGUCCUGCAGGGCCGUGAGCAGUACCAGCAGACCUCUCAGUCAAGCACGGCUGUCUCUGCUGUCCCCGUCUUCAGCAUCAAUGACAAGUUCACUCUCAGUCAGGACGAUGCCAGCUACAGUCUCACGCUGGAGGUGCAGACUGCCAUCGACAACCUGUUGCUCCAGAGUGACGUCCCCAUAGACCUGCUGGACGUAGAUAAGAAUUCAGCUGUUGUCAGUUUCAGUGAAUGCGACUCAGAGCAACCUAAUGGGAACUUCCUGCUGGCCACAUACCGAUGUCAGGCCAACACUACCAGACUUGAACUGAAGGUGAGAUCCAUUGAAGGACAGUAUGGGACCCUGCAGGCUUAUGUUACCCCCAGACUGCAACCUAAGACCUGCCAGGUUCGGCAGUAUCAGAUCAAACCUUUAUCGCUCCACCAGCGGAUGCACAGCAUCGAUCCAGACAGACCCAUGAAUCAGCUCAGUUUGGUGGGGCAGUUCAGUUUUGCAGAGAUCCACUCCUGGGUGGCUUUCUGUUUGCCGGAGGUCCCUGAGAAAACACCAGCGGGUGAAAGUGUUACUUUCUACUUCCACAACACAUUUCUGGGCACGCAGCUUGAAGCCACCUACUGCAAAGGUGAGGGCCACUUCAAGUCUGACAACAUUUCCACCAUCUCUAUACUAAGUGAUGUUCUCUCUAAAGAAGCCACCAAAAAGAAAAUUAAUCUAAACAUUUCAUAUGAUAUUAAUGAUGACUCUGUGAGCCACACACUCAGGAUGAUCCAUCCAAAGCUCGAGUACCAGCUGCUGCUGGCUCGAAAAGUUCAGCUCGUCGAUGCUCUUAAGGAGCUUCAGGUUCAUGAAGGGAGUGCAGAUUUCCUGAUCCCAGAGUAUCGCAGCAUCUUGGAUGAAUCUGCUAAUCUCCUGGAAGAGUACAAAAAGCAGCCAGCACACCUUGAAAGGCUCUACGGAAUGAUCACCGAUCUCUUCAUUGACAAAUUCAAAUUCAAGGGACAUAAUGUGAAAACGAAGGUGUCUUCACUGUUGGAAAUACUUGAUAAUUAUGACUUAAAUUCACUGUUGGACUUUUUCAGUGACCCGUGA